GGGCGGGGCGCGGCUGGCUGUGCGAGGAAUCCAUUAUACGUCAGCGGGAGCUGCGCGGGGAACGUUGGCUUCCGGUUUCUUUCGAGGAAAAUGGGUGUUGACGAGCCAGAAGAUGCCGAUAAUCUUACCCUAGUUUUUUGACAUUGGCCUGACAGCGAGACCUGAGCACUCGGUGGGAGGGAAAGAGGAGGAGGAUGCAUUAAGUGAAUCCUCCUCCUUGAUCCUUGGCGUGGAGCGUAGACGGGAUCAGUCUCGGAGGUCUGCCCCCGUUGCGACUUUUGCAGAUGAUCGUAUGGGUGUUUGAUUCGCGAGCUUGGACCGUACAGAGAAUGUCGAUCUAUUAUGCAUUAUCUUGGCUAAGCUGGGAUGCACGUCUGGGGCGUGAAAUCAAUUUUGAGGAUGGCUUGUAGUUAGCGCCUGUGCGGCUUAGAUAAUGUAGGAGCAGUCCCCUUCUGCAGAGAUGGAGAGUCGUGGGAUUUUUGUACGUCCUACGAAGACAAGCAAUGCUGCUGGCUCAGGCAACCGACAGCUGAAGCCCGAGGUCCGUGCUGAGCAGACUGAUGAUGAUGAACUCUCGAAGGAAUCUGGGUUGGCAAAAUUGGAGACCACCUUAGCCAGGUUGAAGCAGAAAGUUCAAAGCAAUCGUAGCGCGGUUGUGGUGGAAAAGAUGGAAAGCAACAGAGCCAAGUUGUCGCAGUAUACAGGAUGCCUCAAUGAUUGCACCAAAAGAUGGGAGGAUAAAGUUUUCUCGCUGGAAUCUUUUUUCAAACACCAGAGAGUGGUGAUGCCCUCGGAAGGAGCUGAAGGGAAAGAUGAUGGAUUUUCUGCUGCAGUACCAAUUAUGUUUAGUAAUAAUCCAGCAAAGCAGACACUAAGGACGAUCAAACUCACCCCUCAGCAGAACGUACCCCCCUAUACCACGUGGAUAUAUCUAGACAGAAAUCAACGCAUGACUGAGGACCAAUCUGUUCAAGGACGCAGGCGGAUAUACUAUGACCCAGUUGGGAACGAAACAUUAAUUGCUAGUGAUAGUGAGGAGGAAGAAAUCGAGGAAGAGGAGCCCAAACAUGAAUUCAGUAAGGGUGAAGAUUUUCUCAUAUGGAUGACUGUCCAAGAGUGUGGAGUUGAUCAGAACGUUUUUGAACAUAUUGCGCAAUCUAUCGAUGUGAGCCGCGAAGAGGUUCAGGCAAGAUACGAAACGAUUGCUAACGAUCUGGACAAACAAGCAAAAUGUGAAGCUCAUGGGAAGGGCAUUCACACUAAAGUAAUUAUCUCUCCUUCUGGUAGACGCAAGGUUACUAGAGACCAAGGACGUUUUGCAUUCAAGGAGGCUCCAAGUGGAUUGGAGGCAGAUUUUUCUCAUAAACAUGCUGGAAAGACGGAUGAGAGAGAAGAGAAGGUUGAAGCUAAAGAUUUAGUUGCAGCUAUGGACUCCUUUGAUAAUCUUUUCUGCCGUCGCUGCUUGGUUUUUGAUUGCCGUUUGCACGGCUGCUCUCAGCCACUUGUCCAUCCUAGUGAAAGGCAGCCUCCUCUGACUAGUAUAGAAACAGAGAAGUCUGAGCCAUGCGGACGUUUUUGCUAUAUGCUGGUACAAAAGCCUCCACCUUCUCAAGCUCGAUCGCCUGUGUCGAGCGGUUUUUGUUCUUCACCUCUAAAUGUGGGCGAAACGUCCUUCACAAUAGAAGGUGUCGAAAAAGGAAAAAUUGCUAAAAGACAGAAGCUUCAAGAUGGGGAGGCAUACUGGUCCGUAGACAAGCAAAUUCAGGGUGAGAUUGUUUUCACAGCCGAUAUAUCUACUACAAAGGACCUCACGGGAAGUGGUAGUCAGGAUCUGCUUGAUACGUUGAUUGUCGAAUCAGGUAAAGGAUCCGCUUUAAGUGAUCCAGCCGAUGCUCUUGAGUCUCCAAAAAGAACUUCGAAGGUCGUGGUGACAGUAAACUCUGCCAAGAAACUAGCGAGGAGUUUAUCAAGAAAGGGGGCAGAAGAGUGGGGCUUGGGUGGUAAUCAAGCUCCAUCUCUUCAGACACAGAAGAGUUUGAAUGCUGCUGAUCAAACUCAUGUGAAGUUUUCCCCAGGAUUCGGGGCGGAAGCUGGAGAACUCAUCACAAAACUUGGAAAAAGGACGGGAAAGACAACCGAAGUUUCUGUAGAAUAUCAAGAAGUAGAGAUGGCGUUCUCAAUGGAAGAUGAUACUACCAUUUUAUAUGAGAAGAAAAGCUCUCAAAAAGCACUCUCCAAAGUCACCGUAUUGAGGAAAGGAGAAGAGUUUGUCGUAGUUAGUCGGCAGUCCCAAACAUCACAUUCAAAGGGGAAAUCUUUAGAGGUAAAUCAAAGCGGAGGGGAAGUGCCGAAAGAUGGCACUGAGAUCAAAGAGAAGAUGUCUGGGAAAGUGUCUGGAAAGACUUCAGUAGAAAGAAGCGGAGGUGCUUUUGAAACUCAAGAGCUUCAGAUAUCAAUGCCAUCAACUGACUCGAAACGUAAGGGAGAAGAAAGUACCAAGGAGGAGAAAUCUCGGGAGACAUUCAUAUCAGCUAAGAAGCUUGCACGGAAAGCAAGAAAGUCGCUAGAAAAACCCGGGGAUGUUCUGGAAUUAGACAAUUUUCAAAGUCAAGCAGUACCAUGCGCAGGGAGUCCCCAAGAUUCAAAACCACAAAAAGAGGAGAGAACAAGGAAUACAGCUGCUAAAAAGCUUGCACGGAGUUCUAGAAAUAGCAUUGCACAAAAAAUUUCUGACCACCUUCAAACGCAGAUAGACCCCAAAAGUAAAGGCGUCGAUGAUUUGGAGCCAUCAAAGGAGGGAUGCAACAGUACAGGUAUCCACAUUUUAGAUACAUCUCAGGUUGCAAAUGAAUGGAAGGAUUUUCUGAAUAGCGGUGAUGGGGCGAGUGUGGUUGAGGGAAGCAAAUCUCAUGGAAAACGAUUAAAGCCUAUGGAUGGCGAUGGACCUAGAAAGGACGUAGAUCGUUCGAAGGAUCCUGUGAUUGUGGAACCUCUGUCAAUGAUUUACCCUACCGAAGGAGCACUUGUGGACAGUCCCGCGACCGCAAAAGUGUGUUCAGCUGACAAAUGGACUCCGCUUGAAAAGGGAUUGUAUGAAAAGGGUUUGCAGAUUUUUGGAAGAAACAGCUGUUUGAUCGCGAAGAAUAUGCUUAAAGGAUGCAAGACCUGUGUCGAGGUUGCUGAGUACAUCACUGCACAGGAAACAGCUGCUUUGAGGGGUGUCGAAGCUGGACUCCAUCAGUUUGCUGAUAGUCUAGCUUGUGUCACUAAUUGGGAUAAUGAGAUUAAACGAGCACGAGCAAAGUUUUUUGGAAAGAAGAAAGGCAGUCGCAGAUUGAAGUUCACUCUCAAAUCAGCUGGCCAGUCGGCUAUUCGAAAGAGGAUGAAUAACGGCAAGGAUAUGCCUUGUCGUCAAUUUACACCCUGUGGUUGCCUCUUUAGUUGUGGAAAGCAAUGUCCUUGCCAACUUAAUGGAACUUGCUGCGAAAAAUAUUGCGGGUGUGCAAAGGGUUGCAAAAAUCGUUUUCGAGGAUGCCAUUGCGCAAAGAGUCAGUGUUGCAGUAGACAAUGCCCGUGUUUUGCUGCUGGCCGAGAAUGUGAUCCCGACGUUUGCCGCAAUUGUUGGAUUGGGUGUGGGGCUGGACAUGUGGCUCCUCCACUAAGAGAGGACAAGGAACAAUACACUUGUCAUAAUAUGAAGCUUCUGUUAAAGCAGCAACAAAGGGUGCUUCUGAGCAGAUCAGAUGUAGCUGGGUGGGGUGCGUUUUUGAAAAGUACGGUAAACAAACAUGACUAUCUUGGUGAAUACACGGGAGAGCUUAUAUCACAUCGUGAGGCGGACAAACGUGGAAAAAUUUACGACCGUGAGAAUUCUUCGUUUCUCUUUAACCUGAAUGAUCAGUAUGUCCUUGAUGCGUGCCGGAAGGGAGACAAGUUGAAGUUUGCCAAUCAUUCACCCAAUCCUAAUUGCUACGCGAAGGUCAUAAUGGUGGCGGGUGAUCAUAGGGUAGGCAUAUUCGCGAAAGAGCGAAUAAAUGCCGGAGAAGAGCUGUUUUAUGACUACCGCUACGAGGCCGAUAGAGCCCCGUCGUGGGCAAAGAAAGGUGAAGAUGCUGGUAAUGGAAAAAAAGAUGACUCAGGACCUAGUUCUGGAAGAGGAGCGAAACAAGCUUCCUGAUAUCUGUACUUGUGUACUCUAACAAAGUACAUUCUAGGUAAGAAGAUGAGACUGAAGUUACUCAAAGCUUCCAUCACCGAAGCUUGUUGGCUUAUCAAUAAAAUCAAAAGUGAUCAUGUC